AUGUCUAACGAUCAAACAAGUGCUUCUCCUUCUCCCCCAGGCUGGACGUUGUAUGUUGAUGGAGCCUCUAAAAUUUCUGGCGCCGGGGCAGGAGUUCUGCUAAUCUCUCCACAACAAGUUACUCUCGAAUAUGGACUCCGAUUCAAAUUCCCUGCAACAAAUAAUAUGGCAGAAUAUGAAGCUCUUAUUGCCGGUCUGAGGCAGACAAUCAACUGUGAAGUGCAAAACCUGAUAAUCUACACUGAUUCACAAUUAAUCGCAUCACAGGUGGAGGGCGAGUUUAACAUCUACAACCCUCAACUGGCCCUAUAUUGUGAUGAAGUAAAAUUGCUCUUAGUCAGUAUAAACAAAUAUGAGAUCAUCCAUAUUCUACGAGAGCAAAACGCACGAGCAGAUGCCCUCUCCAAACUAGCUACCUCCACAACCGGUGACACUUUCAAAAGAAAGUAUAUUGAAGAAAUUCAUUUCCCGAACCUGACGAUAGCAGCACGACUUCGGAGGCAGGCAACAAACUUUACUAUUGUCAAUGGAGAAUUAUACAAACGAGCCUUCUCAGGACCCUAUCUCAAGUGCCUUCCUCCUUCAGAGUCAAAUUAUGCACUCCGAGAAGUACAUUCAGGCAUUUGUGGAGAACAUCUGGGUGGAAGAGCAUUAGCCCAAAAAAUCCAGAGACAAGGAUUUUACUGGCCAACGAUGAAGCAGGACGCACUAGAGCUUGUACAAAAAUGUAAUAGUUGCCAGGUACAUGCCAACCUCACCCACCUGCCUGCCAUAGAGAUCUCAACAUUACAGAGUCCCUGGCCUUUCGCCCAAUGGGGGAUUGACAUAUUAGGACCUUUUUCUAUAGCCACGGGACAGCGGAAGUUCAUCAUCUUGGCUGUGGACUAUUUUACAAAGUGGGUAGAAGCAGAACCUCUGGCAAAGAUCACUGAAACAAAUGCCAAACAAUUCCUAUGGAAGAACAUAAUAUGUCGCUUUGGCAUUCCAGCGAAAGUUAUCACCGAUAACGGAACACAGUUCACCGGAAGGGUCUUCACCACAUUUUGGAAAGAUCUUCACAUUCAACUAGUGCACACGGCUGUGGCUCAUCCUCAGACUAAUGGACAAAUAGAGGUCACUAAUUGA